AUGUUUGUUCUCAGUAGCUUCGAUCGAGGGGACGGUGCUCCGGCUGAAUCUCGGCACCGGCGGGAUGAUUCCGCGCCUGCUGCUGUGGCGGCGGCGGCCGAGCUGACGGAGGUGACCGAGCGGCAUCGGGCGGCAGUACGAGGAUGAUAUGGAGAGGGAGCGGCGGCUAGCGAUCUUCAAGGACAACCUACUGUACAUCGAGGUCCACAACCGCGGUGGGCACUCCUACACCGUCGCCCUCAACCAGUUCGCAGAUCUCACCAACGAGGAGUUCCGGGCCCGGUACAGCGGUGUAAUCCGGAUGCCUGAAGGAGAAGAAGGGCCAGAAGCGGAGGGAGACGCCCCACCGCCGCCGCCACCACCACCACCUCAUCAGGCAGUUCCGGCGCCAGCGGCGCGACCGGGUGUGUGA